GCAUCUCAAUCACUACAAGUUUGUUUAAGAUGACCUAUCAAGCGAUAAAAACUCGCGCCAUGGCUUUGGCAGCAGUAAAAUCAAGGCGGUCGGAUGUAUGGGGCACUGAGCAUUCCUUUGGAUGGCAAAUCAAGGGAAUGGCUUCAAAAGAGCUCUACGAUGUCUUCAGUGAGAACUUUUUAACAUGUCAUUUAUGUCUAGAGGAAUAUAAAGACCCGAGAGUGCUCCCCUGCUACCACACGUUCUGCCUGGAAUGCAUAGCUGAUCAUGCAGCCAGGAAUGGGGUCCAGAACAAGUUUUCCUGUCCCGUAUGUCGCCACGAGGCCCCCAUACCACCAGGUGGGUUACAAACUCUCGUGAAAAACUUCUUUCUAAAAAAAGUAAAAGAGUUCAUGCGAGGUCAUACAGUGCCCCAGGGGAGACUUUGUGAAUACUGUGAUCAUAAAGAGGCCACUUUAUUGUGCCAAGGAUGUCCUAAGACCAAUCUACUGUGUGAUACAUGUCGUGUCAUCCAUGACAAAAUACCGGCUUUAAAUGGGCACCAGUUUGUGCAUUUGCCCACACUCGACUUGUCGACGACCGCAGCCAAAAUACAGGCACAAUUACGCCAGGAAUUAGAUUCAAUUCAACACUGCGAAAAACAGCCCAGCGAACUGCUGGCGUUCUACAGAAGAAAACCAUCCAUUUAUACCAAGACACCAUGUCGAGCAAAAACGAAACACACACUACAGUUCCCUGAAAUUCCUGAGCCAAGGCCGUUGUCUAAUAAAACGGGACCCAUUACCGCCAAAACGUUUCAGGGUCCCUUUGAUGCAUGUUUCGGAAGUUUGAAAAAAGCUAGAGCACGCCAUCAAGAAUUGGCACUACAUGUAUAUCCGAAACCAACAUGGCUACAGAAGCCAAGACAGGUUCAUUGUUUUUCUAUGAAAGAUUAUCCUUGGGAUAUAACAUUUGCAGCUGAUGGAUGCAUGUUUGUAGUACAUGGUGCUACAGUGGCCAUGUUCUCUAACACGGGCCGGUGUAACCGUGAGAUCAAUAUAGAGGGAGGCGCGAGGCGAAUCACUGCACUCAGUAACGAUAGAUUUGUGGUCACUUGCGGAGAUGAUUGCUGUAGACUGUAUUCAACCUCAGGUCGUGUUUGCCAAUGUUUUGGUCAGGGUGACAUGUGGCGACCCUGGGGUGUCACUGUGGACCGUACAGAGGGAAAGGUUUACGUGUGUGAUGGCGGUACAAAGUGCAUUUGUAUGUAUGAUAUGGUGUCUUUUAUUCUUCUUAACAAAAUCGAUAUCCCGAUGUGCAGAAACGUUAGACUGCAAUGCGUAUACCAUCAUGCCAUAAGUGCUGUCUUAGUUAGUGACUGCAGGGCCCACUGUGUGUAUGCUGUUACGCUCCAGGGUGACGUAAUAUUCGAAUACGGAGCAAGGGGUCGGAGUGGAAGUAUGGAGGGACAAGUGAGUUAUCCAAGCGGGGUGUGCGUAGAUAAGUUUGGACACAUAUUCAUAGCUGACUGCUUUAAUGGCAAUGUGGCUGUCCUUGAUUCAGAUGGAAAAUUUGUACGUAAUAUUCUGACAAGGCAAGACGGCAUUAUGGAACCUAUGAUAAUCGCUAUCAACAAUAAGGGGGAGCUCGUUGUUGGAACUAACCAAUGCAAAAUUCUCACGUUUAAGUAUAUAACCUAGAAAUUACUUAUUUAAUUUGACUUAUUUGAUUUUUGCCAUGACGUUUAAAAAGUAGUUAAUAUAGCUGGGGAUAUGGUGUUAUUUUAAUAGAACUACGGAAAGUAUUUGAUAUAGCCAACAUGAUGAUGUCCUUAUAAAGAAACUAGAACUGUACCAGUGUGCAACUUAUUUCACUGACAGAAAACAACAAACUUUAUUUCGAAAUCACCGCUCUGAUCCUAUGGCCGUCGCAUCAAGGAUCUGUCCUUAUUUUUUUCUCUUUAUAAACAAUUUCCCACUCAACAUUGAACAUGGUGAAAUGGACAUGUAUGCACAUGAUUAACUUCUUAAGUUUAUCAAACUGAACAAAAUUGUUGCCUGUGUAAAAAAAAAAUUAAACGUAUGCUAACGGGAAUAUUUCUCUGAAAACAACAACAAUGUACAAGUAAUAUUUAAUUGUAAAAUGUAAACUGAUUGACUAUGUGAGCUCUGAGAAACUUUUGCGGGUCUCCACAUGUGAUGAGUUAUCAUGGAAGCUCCUUGACGGGGCAGCAGUAUAGGGACUGCAUGACCAUCUCACGAUGCUGCCGUUAGUUACAAUAACUUAAAUAAGAGUCUGAGUUGACGAAAAAGCUUGUAUGUACGUGUAUUAAAUUCAAAUCGAAUUUUAAGGAAUGCAGAAAUGACAUUUUUGCAGAUUUUAUUAUGGUGGCAAUCUUGGGAUUUCCAUGGCAAGUUAAGUGCUUCUUUUUCAUUAAGGCCAAAUGUUUUUCUCGUUGUUUACUAAUCGAACUCUUCUACAUAAAUUAAAAAACAACGCCACAGUGCUCUUCAUAAAAUACUUUUAGGUGGAUUAUUUUGAUUCUUGAAAUAUACUACAAUUCUACAAAGAGCCCGAAAUUUUACCAUCCAUAGGCUCCUCCGAUCACAAUGCAGUUCUGUCCUUACCAGAAAAUCACAACCGUAUCCCCCGAGGCAGAGUGGAAAAGACCUACUCUCGUACAUCAGGAAAAAAUGAGAAAAUUAUUUUUGCCGGAGAACUUAUAAAAAUUGACUGGACACCACUUUUUAGAAUGAACUCAUGUUCCGAGCAGUUUCAAUACUUUGAAAAGACAAUGAAUGAGCUCCUUGAUACGUACCUCCCAAUAAAAGAAUCCACAAGACACACUACCGACAAACCCUGGAUAACCACCGACUUCAAGGAUCUUAUCAAACAGCGCCAGAAAGCUUUCAGAGAGGGAGACACCAAACUCUCACAUAGCAUCAGAAACAAAGUUAACAGAACCAAUAAGAAACUGAAAUCAUCGUUUUACAAAAACAAAAUAGAAUCACUAAAACAGUCUGACUCUUCCACUUGGUGGAAGAAAUCCAAAGAGCUAGCAGGUUUGAAUAACAAUAAAUGUUCAUUAGAGUCACUUGCUGAUAGCACAUCAAAUGGUAAUUACCAG